AUGAGUGUGUGUGGCAGGAAGGCCCUGACGCUGCUGAGCAGUGUGUUUGCUGUGUGCAGCCUGGGCCUGCUGGGCAUCGCCGUCAGCACCGACUACUGGCUCUACCUGGAGGAGGGGAUAAUACUCCCUCUAAACCAAAGCACGGAGAUACGCAUGUCGCUCCACUCUGGCCUCUGGAGGGUCUGCUUCCUUGCAGAUUCUGCACCACCUGAGAGAGUGUUGCCCACCGGGGAACCAGGUAAAGAGAAGGGACGCUGCUUCACCAUCGAGUACAUCAUGCCCACCAACGUCCACUUAACGUCAGAUGUCACAGUCAGCGUCCUGAAGAUGAUUCGCUCGGCCACUCCGUUCCCGCUGGUCAGCCUCUUCUUUAUGUUCAUCGGCUUCGUCCUAAACAACAUCGGACACGUCCGCCCCCACCGCACCAUCCUGGCCUUCGUCUCUGGAAUCUUCUUCAUCCUCUCAGGUCUUUCUCUGGUAGUUGGUCUGGUGUUAUAUAUCUCCAGCAUCAAUGAUGAGAUGUUGAACAGAACAAAGACGAAUGAAGCCUAUUUCAGUUAUAAGUACGGCUGGUCCUUCGCCUUCGCAGCCAUCUCCUUCCUGCUUACUGAGGCAGCAGGUGUGAUGUCAGUCUAUCUGUUCAUGAAGCGCUACACAGCAGAGGAGAUGUACCGGCCGCACCCGGGUUUCUACCGGCCACGUCUCAGCAACUGCAGCGACUACUCGGGUCAGUUCCUGCACCCGGAUGCCUGGGCCCGCGGCCGCAGCCCCUCGGACAUCUCCAGUGAAGCCUCGCUGCAGAUGAGCUCCAACUACCCCGCCCUGCUCAAGUGCCCCGACUAUGACCAGAUGUCAUCCUCCCCCUGCUGA